AUGUCGAGUGAUUCCUGCCUAAUAUGUGUUCGGAACUUCAUCAAUCGAAGAGGAGUUCCAGAGACGAUAAGAAGCGACAAUGAGACGAAUUUCGUUGGCAUAGCCAAGGACCCGCAAGGUAUAACCACAUUUUUAGAUACUAAUUCCGCUUCUUCUGGUCUGACAGCUCUUGGAAUAAAAUGGGCCUACAAUACGCCAUUGAAGGCGGCGAAUGGGAGCGUCCUGGAGCAAAACACAACACUCGAGACUCUACAAGCGUUCCUGAUUGAAACGGAGAAUAUGGUCAACAGUAGGGCACGUACCCAUUUGCCGGAUUCUCCAGAAGACCCAGAUCCCGCAAAUCACUUUCUGCUAGGAU